AUGCCACCCAGAUUCGUACUUUCAUCUCCCGCUCCAACCCUUGGCUGUGCUUGCUUGUUCAUCUGCGCAGCAGGAUGCAUGCCAAAGACUGGAGAUACUUGGUUGAACAAUGGUUUCAAUUCUGGCGAUGCCGGCCGUGGCCGUGAUGGUGGUGCUCUUGAUGGAGAUGAGGAAGAGUCUACCGGAAUUUCCGACAGGCUCAUGGACGAACACAUUUCAGGCUUGGAAGAAAAGCCAGAUCUCAUGGAACUCCUGUUCACUAUCGACUUGACCGAACAUCCGACCCUCGACAGUCUUGGCAACUUUGACGACUACGAACCUACAGAUUCUACAAGGGAAUUUGACGUUGGGGUCAGCGAUUCGGCAGAGGACUCUGCCGACGAUCUUCAGAACCACACUGUGAAGAACGUGUAUGUUACCAUGGUGUACUUCUAUAGUAAAGACUUGGACCGUAGCACUGGACGAUUCAAUCAUUCACUUUGA